UUCUCAUUUUAAUGUCUCGCUCCGCCCAGCCAGGAAGUACAAAUAAAAACACAAGGAGGACUUGAAGUUGUCCUAACAGCCCCAGGAGCUGCAAACAGGAGAAUCAACAAAUUUGGAAACGUCUUUACUGAACCGUCAUCUUUCAUUUUUGGGAUAAGCUGCUUCUCUGAGGCGAUGAGCUUCCAUUGAUGGGAAUAAUCAGGAUUGUUGCCGCUAAUUUGACUGGAAUUCGUCAGAUUUCAAUUAGAAACCAACACAAGUUUAUCAUGUCCAGACGACUUCAUGCAAGCAGAACAGAGGGUGUGGAUAAAAACGUUUGGGUUGAAUUCACGCAACUGGCAGCAGACUAUAAAGCAGUGAACCUCGGUCAAGGAUUUCCUGACUUCGCUCCUCCUAAAUUUGUCCAGGAGGCUUUUUGUGAAGCUGUGAGCGGAGGACCUUCGAUGCACCAGUACACCCGCGCUUUUGGUCAUCCUCCUCUUGUUAAAAGUCUGGCUAAAUUCUUCAGCAGGGUUGUGGGACAUGAGAUUGAUCCUCUUGAAGACAUCCUGGUCACAGUUGGAGCUUACCAGGCUCUCUUCUGUGCAUUUCAGGCACUGAUUGGUGAAGGUGAUGAGGUCAUAAUUGUUGAGCCGUUCUUCGACUGCUACCAGCCGAUGGUGAAGAUGGCUGGAGGAAAGGCGGUAUAUGUACCUCUGAGGCCAAAAGCUGAGGGCAAAGCCGUCCUGUCAAGUGGAGACUGGGUUCUUUCUGCCGAAGAGUUGGCCAGUAAAUUCACUCCACGCACAAAAGCCAUCGUUAUCAAUACUCCCAACAACCCAUUAGGCAAGGUUUACAAGACUGAAGAGCUCCAAAUGAUCGCUGAUCUGUGUAUCAAACACGAUGCUCUGUGCAUCAGCGACGAGGUGUACGAGUGGCUGACGUAUGAUGGAGCCAAGCAUGUAAAGAUAGCCAGCCUGCCUGGCAUGUGGGAACGAACCAUCACCGUUGGCAGCGCUGGAAAGACCUUUAGUGCUACUGGCUGGAAGGUUGGCUGGGCUAUGAGCUCUGGACAUAUCAUCAAACACUUGAAAACCGUCCAUCAGAACAGUGUUUACCACUGUGCAACAGCUGCUCAGGAGGCAGUCGCUCGUGGAUUUGAGAGAGAAUACGAGGUGUUUGGGACUCCGGAGAGCUACUUCCAGCAGCUGCCUGCGAUGCUGCACAACAAGAGAAACAAGCUGGCCUCGUGUCUGGAGAGCGUAGGUCUGCAGCCCAUCAUGCCAGAGGGAGGUUAUUUUAUGAUCACAGACGUCUCCUCCUUCAAGGUGGACUUAAACGACCAUAGCACGAAGGAUGAAUCCUAUGACUUCAGAUUUGUCAAAUGGCUUAUUAAAGAGAAGGGUUUAGCAACAAUCCCCGUAUCAGCAUUCUACAGUCCAGAACACGGCAAAGAGUUUGACAAAUACAUCCGGUUCUGCUUUGUCAAGGAGGACUCCACCCUGAAUGCAGCGGAGGACAUCUUGAGAAAGUGGAGUCACGGAAAAUAAAACGACCACAUGACGCACACCGUCAUGCAUUGUCCGUCCAUCAACAUUUCAACAACCCUCCUCAGUUAAAUUAAGCCGUACUCAGUUUUUAAUUGCGUCCGCCCCCUCAGUUGUGUACUGUAAGAUACAGAGACAACGUCCACUUUCGCUUUGUCUUUAAACUUGUGGAAAACACUCAGGUGUUGAAAAAAAUCCUUGUGAAUGUUUCUGUGCAACGAUUUUAAACCGCAAACUGUGAAUAAAGUAUUUUUCAAUAUUAUAAUAUAUUUCACAGUAUUUCUAAGGGAAAUAUUUAGUUGAUUCUUUUUAUCUGAAAUCAUGUUCUUCUACUGUAUCUCACAUUUAACUGCAGAGAUAUUUAUCCUGAAUCAAACCGGCAAAAAAGGUUUAAUAAAUCUUUGAAUUAAUCAA